UUAUCUUGGAUUUUUGGCCAUUACUUUUGUGUAUACAUUAAUGGUGCUUCGCGUGCUUGCUGUAUGGUUUAUUUUUCGUAAAUUGUUAAUAAAAUUGAUAUAAUACACAUCUACGAAUUGUUCGGACGUGUGACGAACAGCUGUUGAGCGCGUCCACGUGAUCUGGCACAACAUCGUGUGCAUGUGUAGCCGUACCAUCCUGAACAGGUUGCUUCCACGGUUGGAUACUUUAAAAUCAGCAGCUUGUGCGGCAGCCAUCAGACAAGUUUCGGUCUCACAACCGCCAGCAGCAAUGAAGUACAUUUUGGUCACCGGCGGUGUAAUCAGUGGCGUCGGCAAGGGCGUCAUUGCCAGCUCGUUCGGCACGCUGCUCCAUGCCUGCGGAAUCGGAGUCACUUCGAUCAAGAUCGAUCCGUACAUUAACAUCGAUGCAGGCACAUUUUCUCCGUACGAACAUGGGGAAGUGUACGUGCUCGAUGAUGGCGGCGAAGUGGAUCUGGAUUUGGGGAACUACGAGCGUUUUUUGGACAUAACACUACACCGUGAUAACAAUAUUACCACGGGCAAAAUCUACAAAAUGGUAAUCGAAAAGGAGCGGGUUGGUGAUUAUCUUGGGAAAACUGUACAAGUUGUCCCCCAUAUCACUGAUGCGAUUCAGGAAUGGGUAGAACGUGUAGCCAAGAAUCCCGUUAAAGGUAACAUCACACCAGAGGUGUGCGUGGUGGAGCUUGGUGGCACCAUCGGAGAUAUCGAAGGAAUGCCGUUUGUCGAAGCUUUCCGACAGUUCCAGUUUAGGGUGAAGAGAGAAAAUUUCUGCGUAGCUCACGUUUCGUUGGUUCCCUUGCCGAGGGCUACUGGUGAACCAAAGACCAAGCCAACUCAGGCCAGCGUACGGGAACUUCGCGGGUUGGGUCUCAGUCCGGAUUUGAUUGUGUGUCGAUCGGAAAAGCCGAUUGGGAAUGAGGUGAAGGAAAAGAUUAGUAAUUUCUGUCAUGUAGCUCCCGAGCAGGUUGUUUGCAUCCAUGAUCUGUCCUCGAUCUAUCAUGUCCCAUUGUUGAUGGAGGAAGCGGGUGUGAUUGAUUUUCUAAACGAAAGACUGCAGUUAAAUUUACCGUCGCCACGGCCAGUGCGGUUUAUGCAGAGUUGGAGGGAUUUGGCGGAAGGAGUGGAUAAUGUGUACAAAAAGGUCAAUAUUGCCCUCGUGGGAAAGUACACAAAACUCGAAGAUUCGUACGCGUCGGUAUCGAAGUCGCUUCUGCAUGCGUCACUAUCCGUCGGUUAUAAACUUAAUUUAAAAUUCAUCGAAGCUUGCCAUCUGGAAAGAGCGACCAAACUGGACUCACCCCAGCUAUAUUACGAAGCUUGGCAAGGUCUCACCAACAGUCAUGGUGUCAUCGUGCCGGGCGGAUUUGGUUCACGUGGUAUCGAAGGGAUGAUUCGAGCCUGCCAGUGGACCAGAGAAAAUAAGAAACCUUUUCUCGGAAUUUGUCUUGGACUGCAGGUGGCGGUGAUCGAAUUCGCCAGAAAUGUGCUGAGUUUGGAGAAAGCACAUUCCACCGAAGUGGACCCCAAUACCGAACACCCCUUGGUAAUAGAUAUGCCAGAACAUCACCCAGGACAGAUGGGUGGAACAAUGCGUUUGGGAAAGCGGACGACUAUCUUCAAGAAAGACAACAGUAUUGUCAAACAACUGUACGGUAAUGUAAGUCAAAUCGAGGAACGGCAUCGUCAUCGCUACGAAGUAAAUCCGGAAUACAUCGAGCAGUUGGAACAGAAAGGGCUUCAUUUCGUGGGGCACGAUUCGGAAGGAAAUCGUAUGGAAAUCAUGGAACUGGAAAAUCAUCCCUACUAUGUUGCAACGCAGUUCCAUCCGGAAUACCUUUCGAGGCCACUGAAACCUUCCCCGCUAUUCCUUGGACUCAUUUUAGCCUCGGUUGAUAGGCUGGAAUCCUACCUGAAGCUUGGUAAUAAGAUUCCCAGUUCAUCACACGUGACGAGUGAAAGCUCCAGCGAUGACGACAUUCUAUUGAAGGUGAAUAAGACGCGUAAUAAUGACAAAACGAGCCCUACGAAACUGCUGAAUGGUUCAGCGAAUCCGGUAGCCAAUUGCAAUGGCGAUGUUAAGAAGAACUGAACCUAUAGUAGCUAACGUUAGUGAUGUAAGAAAGAAUAUUUCUGUUGUAUGUCAAAUACUUAAUAGCAACUAAGCAAUUUACAUCGAAUAUCUACAUCAUCCUUUUUUUUUGACUUGCGUGAUGCAUUUUCCAUGGUCGUCAGUGAAACAGAGAUGGGUGAGAAUUAACGGCUGCAUUAAAAAUGUCCGCUGCGGAAAGAGUGAUAUAGGAAUUUUCUAAAAUUCAAGUUUGAUCAGUCGAAUCACAGUGCUAUAUCUAACAUUUAAAAACUAGGUUAGCAAAAUAAAAAAGAAGAUGGCAAGAGAUACGAUCUCUAGUGCUUCCCGCGGCAUCGAUCCUAUAAGCCGAGCACCUUUCUGAAUUGAACAUUGACAAGUGAUUCGCUAUUUAAAAACAUUUGUAAACGUUUUAUCUAGAAAGUUGAUCAACUUUAGUUAUUCAAAAAUACAAUUUUAAUUGAUGGUAAAAAUGUUAGCAUUGUAAGACAAACAGGUAAUAAAUUGAGUACAUUGUUGGAAGAGAG